UAGUCUUUAUUUCGAUAAAAUAAAACAAAUGAUGAUUUGAAAUACAUUAAUAUGGUUUUUUAAAUUCUGGACAAUACAUGAAAUAAGUGCAAUAUUAGAAUACUCAUUUAGAGUUUAUGAAAUGCAUUUAUUGCUAUAAUCAAUGUCGGAUAAACUCACUCCUGAUGAAUCUCCAGAUUGGGAACGUCCUAAUUCUGACUUGUCUAGUCCUGAACCUAACUUUCUUAGUCCUAACACCGCUCUUAGAUUAUACAAAAGUAAACUAUCUCAUUAUGAACAUAUUGAAAUCACAGAUUAUGGUCAAAUUUAUUAUCUUGGUGAAAAUGCAAAUAAAAUUGGUGGUAUUAUGACAGGGAAAGAAAAUAAUUCAGGAUAUGAUGAUGAAAACGGCAGCUAUAUACCAGUAGUUCAUGAUCAUAUUGAAUAUCGUUAUGAAGUAUUAAAGGUUAUAGGAAAAGGAAGUUUUGGGAGUGUCAUCAAAGUUUAUGAUCAUAAGUCUUCACAAUAUUUAGCUUUGAAAAUGGUAAGAAAUGAGCCACGUUUUCAUAGACAAGUUCAAGAAGAAAUUAAAAUUUUAGAAUUUUUAAAGAAACUUGAUAAAGAUAAUUCUUCCAAUAUUAUUCAUAUAAUUGAUCAUUUUAUGUUCCGUAGUCAUCAGUGUAUGAUGUUUGAGCUACUUAGUUAUAAUUUAUAUGAACUCAUAAAGAAAAAUAAAUUUCAGGGCUUUAGUCUUCAAAUUAUUCGUAAAUUUGCAUAUUCUAUUCUUCAAUGCUUGGAUUUGUUAUUUAUUCACAGAAUAAUUCAUUGUGACAUGAAACCUGAAAAUAUUUUGCUGAAACAACCUGGUCGAACAGGUAUUAAGAUAAUUGAUUUUGGAUCAAGUUGCUUUGAAAAUGAAAUUGUUUACACUUACAUACAAUCUCGAUUUUACAGAGCCCCUGAAAUAAUUCUUGGAUGUCCUUAUACAGUUGCUAUAGAUAUGUGGAGUUUUGGCUGUAUUUUGGCUGAACUCUUUACUGGCUACCCUAUUUUCCCUGGUGAGAGUGAAACUGAUCAGCUAGCUCUUAUAAUUGAAGUGUUGGGUGCACCGCCUGAGCGUGUUCUAGAAAAAUCAAAAAGAACCAAACAUUUUUUUACUUCUAAAGGCUUUCCCCGAUAUUGCAAUACUAGCCAAGCAGCAGAUGGUUCUACUAUAUUAUUAGGGGGGAGGUCUAAAAGAGGAAAACUCAGGGGUCCACCAGGAAGUAAAGACUUUAACACAGCCCUUAAGGGUUGCAAAGACCUGCUAUUUGCAGACUUUCUACGUAAAUGUUUAACUUGGGAUCCUAGAACUAGAAUUACCCCACCCCAAGCCCUCAAGCAUCAAUGGCUGAGACGACGUAUACUACCUAAAACACCAUCUCAAGGGUUAGAUAAUCAAACACCUAGCCAAACAGAUGAUAAUGAAGUAUUAAGUAAAAAAGCUAGAGACACUCAUGCCAAAUAUGAAAAUGAUAUAAACAGAGAGGAAUUAGAAAUAAACCAAUCUCCCAAAUUAGAAAAACCUACUAAAUUUUUUUUUGGAAAAAAAUAAAUAAAAUUCCCUUUAAUAUUUCAAUUGUGAGUAUUAACAAUAAAUAAAAACAUAGAAUUAUUAAAUACUUUCAUCAUAUAUAUGGUUUAAUAACCGAUUAAUAUAUAAAAUAAGAUGAAUUUAUUUGUAAUAUCCAAACACAUUUAUAAUAUAUCCUGCCCAUCUCACUUAUUUUCAUGCAUUUGGCUCUUAUUAAUGAAUUGUUUUAAAUCCCAAUUUUAUAAA